GCCAGCCAUGUUGGAUCGAAGUUGAGACAACAAAAAUAAAGUUUAUCAUGAUUUAUUGGUUUGUUUAGAGGUUCUGCAAAGCUUUAUUUUGUAAAAUACAGAAGUCAUGGAAGUGGAUAGUAGUAGCUUGGAGACUCAAAUAAGAAAUAGCAAAGCCUAUUUAUUAAAGCAAGCAAGCGAUGGUGACGGUAGUUUAUAUGAACAUUUGGCCUCAAUGUUGGCGCAAAUGUUGAAGGAAAGACCCAACGAUGCUCUAAAAAUAUUGGAGAACACAAGCAGAGAAGAAAAAAGAGCAAAGUUUAGACCCUGCUCUGAUGCUAUACAAGAUCAUGAAGAUGAAUCAUCAGAAGUAACACUGGCCAAAACUCAUUCUGAACUUUUUGUGCAAAAUCCAGCCAAUUUCCAGCAAGAAAUGGCUGAUGUUGAUCCAGAUGAAGAAAUUGAAACACCACUGCCUGAUAUCAUGGAGUUGGCACAUUACUUUCAUCUUGGUGGCGUUGGAAUUAACAAACAAGAAACCUUUCGAGUGUUCCUAGCGCUAAAGAAAUUAGUGGAUUCUAAUCCAAUACUGACUUGUAGGUUUUGGGGAAAGAUGUUUGGUUUGCAAAAUAACUACUACAUCGCAGAAGUGGAGUUCAGAGAAGGGGAGGAUCCCGAAGAACAAUAUUCAAAAGGGCCUGAUGAAGAGAAAAUAGAGGAAGAAGAAUCCGAACAUGUCCUCUCACAGAAAAGUCGAGACAGUUUGAAUGUUGAAGAAGACGAAAUACCCAAACCUGACUACAAGCCUCCGCCUGAGAUCCCAAUGGAAUAUCAGAGAACUGGAUGCAAUAAGAAGGUUUAUUUCCUGUGCACAGAACCUGGAAAUCCGUGGAUUCGUCUGCCUCCUGUGACUCCAGCACAGAUUGUAACGUCAAGACAAAUCAAGAAAUUCUUCACUGGGAACCCGAACGCUCCGAUUGUGAGCUAUCCGCCAUUCCCGGGCAAUGAAACAAACUAUCUGCGAGCAAUUAUUGCGCGGAUUUCUGCCUCAACGCAUGUUAGUCCUCAAGGAUACUUCAUGUUUGAGGAAGACGAGGACGAAGAGGACGAAGGAGUCCGUGAUACCUUUGUGACGAAUCCUGAAUUUGAAGGACUGAGCGUGAGCGAGCUGAUCGAUUCUUCUCUCACUAACUGGGUCCAUCACAUUCAAUACAUUCUACCCCAGGGUCGUUGCUCUUGGUUCAAUCAUCAAAGCAAAGAUGAGGAGGAAGAAGAGGAGGAAGAAGAAGACGAGGAAAGGGAGGAACCAGAUGAACCUGAACCAGAAGUUGGUCCGCCAUUGCUCACUCCUUUAUCUGAAGACACAGAUAUUGACGGCUUUCCAGCGUGGACUGCGGUCAGAGCUCCAAGUCUCGUCCCACAACACUCAGUUGCUAUUCUGCAUAGUAACCUAUGGCCUGGAGGUCAUUGCUUUGCGAUCGACAGAAAAUUCGAGAACGUGUAUGUUGGCUGGGGUCAAAAGUACAGUUCCGAGAACUACAGUCCGCCUGCACCACCCACACCCCAAGAGGAGUACCCGAGCGGUCCUGAGAUCACGGAGGCAGAUGACCCCACAGUUGAAGAGGAAAAUGCGGUGAGGGCAGCGCAACUCGAGGCUUCUGAUGAAGGCGAGGAAGAGGGUGAUGACGAGGAAUUUGACGACGAUGAUGAUUGAGGGAUGACAGGGUUCAUCGUGGGAUAGGCUACUAUUAUUCAAUACAUAUUAGUAUUGAUAGCGCAGGAUAUUCUUUGGCGACUUUAAUGGCUCAAAAAGUGCACUUAAGUAUAAGACUUAAUAGCUUAUCUAUCUUACAAACGGUUUCAACUGGUUGGUAUAUAUAAUGUAAAUAAAACAACAUUCUAAUGCACAAAAAUCUUUUCUGUGGGUAUUGUAGGAGCCCU